AUGCUAUCCAAUGACAUCAUAUUGUAUAAUGCUGCGUGCAACAAGAUUAAUCUGGUAUUGUAUGAAAGUUGCUUCCCUUUUGUUUCCAGACUGCUGCUUGACACAGGCUAUGCAGCAGACGAGGACUUCAACAGAAUUUUUGGAGGAGAGCGAAAGGUUCCUCCAGCUGCUAAGAAAGUUGUUGAAGAUCUUCCAACUAAACUCAUAGGACCAACACAAGCAGCUCAAUGUAUCAAGUGUUCUGUGUGUCUUGCGGAAUUUGAUGAAGAGGACGAAACAAAGACAAUGCCAUGCCAACACCAAUUCCACUCAAAAUGCAUUGUACCUUGGCUGCAGCGAGUUAAUUCCUGCCCUGUGUGUCGACAUGAACUGCCGACAGAUGACCCCGAUUACGAGGAAUACAGGAAGCACAAGGCUCGAGCCAAACAACGUGAAUAUGAGCUGGAAUCUUUACACAACUCCAUGUUUGGAUGAUGCAACAUCUAAAUACUGUGAUUAAUCAAGAAUAGUAGCAUGAAGAGGAUCUAUCAAUGUGGAAUGGGAAAUACUUUGCUGGAAUUAAUUUGUUGGAAGAAUAUUAACAAUUCCGUUUGGGUUGGAUCUGCACAUAUUCCCAUAACACUCACCAUUUUCAUGCAGAAGGGGCUUCAUCACUGUAUUUCCCCAUUAUCACACCAUCUUCGUGUAAUAAAACUUUUGCCAUU